AGCCGAACGGACUGGGGCGCGCGGGAGGCGCGCAGAGCUCGAGAGCUCUCGGGCUGCCCGAGCUCGCAGCGCCUGGGGAAUUGGACUGUGGGCGAGGCGGCCAGGGCUGGCCUUUAUCGCUCGCCCCGCUGGUGGUUUGAAACUUUAUCAGCGAGUCUCGCCACUAGCCGCAGACGCGCGGGGGGCGGGGGCGCGGCGAGGCGCCUGCGGCCGUGACGAGGCGCUCCCGGCGCUGAGCGCUUCUGCUCGGGGCACGCAUGGCGCCCGCACACGGAGUCUGACCUGAUGCGGACGCAAGGGGGUUAAUAUGAACGCCCCUCUCGGUGGAAUCUGGCCCUGGCUCCCCCUGCUCUUGACCUGGCUCACCCCUGAGGUCAGCUCUUCAUGGUGGUACAUGAGAGCUACAGGUGGCUCCUCCAGGGUGAUGUGUGACAAUGUGCCAGGCCUGGUGAGCCGCCAGCGGCAGCUGUGCCACCGACACCCAGAUGUGAUGCGUGCCAUUGGCCUAGGCGUGGCGGAGUGGACUGCAGAGUGUCAGCACCAGUUCCGCCAGCACCGCUGGAACUGCAACACCCUGGACAGAGAUCACAGCCUCUUCGGCAGGGUCCUGCUCCGAAGUAGUCGGGAAUCUGCCUUUGUUUACGCCGUCUCCUCAGCGGGAGUUGUGUUUGCCAUCACCAGGGCCUGUAGCCAAGGAGAAUUAAAAUCCUGUUCCUGUGAUCCAAAGAAGAAGGGAACGGCCAAGGACAGCAAGGGAAAUUUCGACUGGGGUGGCUGCAGUGAUAACAUUGACUAUGGGAUCAAAUUUGCCCGAGCAUUUGUGGAUGCCAAGGAAAGGAAAGGAAAGGAUGCCAGAGCCCUGAUGAACCUUCACAACAACAGAGCCGGCAGGAAGGCGGUAAAGCGGUUCUUGAAACAAGAAUGCAAGUGUCACGGAGUGAGUGGCUCGUGUACUCUGAGGACGUGCUGGCUGGCCAUGGCUGACUUCAGAAAAACGGGCGAUUACCUCUGGAGGAAGUACAACGGGGCCAUCCAGGUCGUCAUGAACCAGGAUGGCACUGGUUUCACUGUGGCUAACAAGAGGUUUAAGAAGCCAACAAAAAAUGACCUCGUGUAUUUUGAGAAUUCUCCAGACUAUUGUAUCAGGGACCGAGAUGCAGGCUCUCUGGGUACAGCAGGCCGUGUAUGCAACCUGACUUCCCGGGGCAUGGACAGCUGCGAGGUCAUGUGCUGCGGGAGAGGCUAUGACACCUCCCACGUCACCCGGAUGACCAAGUGCGAGUGUAAGUUCCACUGGUGCUGUGCCGUGCGCUGUCAGGACUGUCUGGAGGCCCUGGACGUGCACACAUGCAAGGCCCCUAAAAGCGUUGACUGGGCGGCUCCCACAUGACCCCAGAGGAGGUUGCCAUCACCUUCUCUCCUGCAAGGACUCCAUUGGAUCUGCAAGGACACUGGGCCUUUGGGUUUUCUCGGGGAGAUAUUUCCUAAGGCAUGUGACUUUGCCUCAACAGAAGUCCUUCCUCUCCCACCCAGGUGGCCCCAGAACUGGGGCCACAUGUUGCACACAAAGCAUGCCUUAUUCCCUCCGCCUUCGAGCAUUCUGGGCCGCAUCUCUUCCUGGUCAGGACAGACUGCUAGGAGGGAAGGGGCCGGCCACAUCGCUGUCUCCACCCACCUAGACGUUUCCUCUUUCUAGAGCGGCUGGCCAGAGGGGAAAAGAGUGUCCCAAAGGAGCUUUCUCUGUGUCUCCCAAUAAAUGAUCAUAGUUCAGAAAUCCCAUACUUCUCUCAGGAGGGUAAAGACAGCAGGACCAACUGCCACCGAAUUAACUGUAAAUCCUGAAAAGACCAAGCAAGGCUUUUGCCUGAUCAAGUGAUUUUCGCAGCCACCACGUCCAGGGGUAAUUGGUAACUGCCUGGAGAAAGAUGGCUUUCAAAGAACUUCAGGUUUAAAAUGCAUAUUUUUCAAAGCACUUAUUGCUAUAUUAAAAUUUGACGUAACAAGACGGGACUGUUGUCCUUUGGUACAGUUUUGGAAUCUUUACAAUAGCAAGAGCCUCAGAAAGUCAUUGCUUUGCAUUGACUUAAUAUAAAGCAACUUUAUAUAUAAAGUCCCCUUAAUAUAAAGCAACUUUAGGGAUCUCACUUAAGAUCUGAAGGGAAUUUAAAAGAAAGAUUGAUGAUCUGGCAGUAUUCUGACCUAUUGGGGGAGGAUGGAGGAGAAUAACAGUGAGUAAAAUAUCAGAAAAUGUGUCUGUACAGAUAAGGAGAAAAAGGGGAAUAAAAUUUCUAUCUGGUAUGAUGCAUGUGACCCAUGGAAUUUUGUAGUUGAAAUGGCCUUCAGAAUGAUAAUUUUUGGGACGGCAAGACUAGGGAACCAACAUGCUGACAGAGAGGUUUCCAGAGGUAAGUCACGCCUACACGGCCUGCACCGUGAGCAGAUGCCCAAAAGAGGUCUGCCAUUUGUGCCAAGGAGCAUUAGCAUAUACCCAUCACCCUCCAAGCACAUUUUAAACACCUGCCAUAUUUAAUUGUGUUCAUCUGAGGCUGACAAGAUGUCAAGAUAUCAUAGCCUCAAGCAAAUGACACAUAGCCUUGCUUAUAAGGUUGGUAACCCUAGUAUAUUAUAUGGCAAACAAAUCAUAAUUUAGAGACUCUAUUUAAGGGACCCAGCUGUAAUUAUGGGAACAUCAGUGUGCAGAUUGUGGCCGGCUUCUGUCAUGAUCCAAAAGAUGACGUCCAGGGAAAAUGGAGAGGCUGCCACCCCAUUUUGUAUAUUAAGUGAAAGAAAGGCGAAAUAUCUGAAGUUACUUCUCAUCCGCUUGGCACAAUUAGGUUCUGGUUCUAAAUAUGGUCUCUUUGCUGAGCUACGUUCAUUAAUAGGAUGUUCCAUUCUAUGCAUCUGGUGUCACACUGAUGUUUGCUCAUUCGUCCAUAGCCUGGCCUUCAGUUUCUCCAUCCUUGCUCUGCAGCAGGACGUUUAGACUGAGGCUCACAGACAUCAACCUGCUGAGGUACUUUGUCAUAAUUGAUACUUGCCUCCUCACCCUCGUAAAAACAACAGAAUUUAUCUCCUUUCUCUCACUCCCUAGAGUUAGUCAUCUGAUUUUUCCAAAGUGGUUCUUUCCUCUUUUUAUUCUAUGGAUUCAGAGGCAGGAAGGGGGAGCAUGACAGAAUUGCUCAGAGCUCAGUGUGGGCCUUCGGCAGGGUGUGGGAAAGCCAGGCAGGUGGGCUCGGUCUUAGUUACACUGAAGCUGUCUGUGAGUGCCUUCCUGGGGGGAUGAGGGGACUUUCAUGGUGGUCCCACAGCCAUCAGCCUUUCUGCCUUCUGGAUGAAUUAUGAAAUCAUAAAUCCAUAGGUGUGUUGAGAAAUGGAAAGGAUCUAAGUAGACAUCUCAGCUCCCUUCAGUUUGUAUCUGGGGAAACUGAGACUGGGAGAGGUGAAGAUCUCUGUGCAAAUAUCUGCCACUGCUCUCAAGCCCCAUCACAAACAGGACCACAUGUUCAGAGCAGUCAGGAAAGCCAAGCACUUUAUCUAGUUUGUCUCGGAAUUAAUGCAAGUGGAGUCUAAAUAAUUUUAGCAUCCAAAAGGGAUGGUCAUUAUCUCUUUUAA